AUGUAUCCUCGCCGUACUACACCGGGACGCUGGCAGCUUGAGGACCGAGAAGACUAGCCUUGGUUAGCGCGCUGCCGUUACGCCGAAAUCAAUGGUCGCUUCUACUCGACUCCGUUUAAUUUGGCGUCAUUUUACCCACAAUAGAAUGGGAGACAUGUCUUCCAAAACUCAGCUACCGACUCCAGAGACAGCACUCCCGGGGAGAAGCGAGAGCUUGAAAGUAUCAGCGAAGCACCACGUCAGCGCUAACAGGACGGUCCCUCCGUUUCCUGAGGGAACACAGAUGGUCAUGUUCGGUAAGACGGGACUCUCUCUCACUACCUCUCUCUCUCUCUCCCUUUCUCCCUUUUUCUCUGGCUCUCCCCCCUCCUUCCCCCUCGUGGUCCAAGAUUCUGACAGACUCUCUCUCUCUUUCCCUCUCCCCCCCCCCAUCAUGGUCCAGGUUCUGACAGAGGGGGGUUUUGGGUCCAUCACCACAGAGAUAUCUGAAGCCCAGGAGUUCUACUACGCGGAGGAUAACCACCAGCAGUACCUCAGCAAGAACCCGCACGGGUACUGCGGUCUGGGCGGGACCGGCCUCUCCUGCCCAAUAGGAGUCAAGAGUUAGAACCAGUGCCUCUCUGCUAUUGGCUGGUUAAACCAUCACAGCUUUUUGAAUAAAGAUAAUUUUGUUAUCUCAA